GUCAGGGAUCCCAGGUGGACCCGGGAGAGCUGUUGGAGGCUGAGAAGGGCUGGUGAUCAUCGCAUACCACACAUAGGUGGAGGGCUGUUAAUCUGUUUCCCGCCUAAGAGAGGAUACCCCUAUUGUUUCUGAAAACGCUGACCAGGACCCACACUUCCAACAAAAAUUCCUCUAUCCCCACAACAGCAGCAAAAGCAGCAGCAGAAGCAACAGCAAUAGAGAAGUGUUUUGAUGAAUUGCAAGAUGGAUAGGGCUUUCAGUGCCCCCAGCCCUGCUGAUACCAAACGCCUUUAAGAUACAGCCUUUCCCAUCCUAAUCUACAAAGGAAACAGGAAAAAGGAACUUAAAACUCCCUGUGCUCAGACAGAAAUGAGACUGUUACAGCCUGCUUCUGUGCUGCUCUUUCUUGCCUCUGACUUGUAAACAGGACCCAGUAGAACAUGCGAAUGGAAAGUCACAAACAUCUUGGUGUCUGAAAGGAUCCUUGGGACCUCAUGCACAUCUGCGGAAACUGGAUGGAGAGAUUUGGGGAAGCAUGGACUCUUUAGCUGGCUUAGUUCUCUAUGGAGUCAGCUUGCUCCUUUCUGGAACAGUGGACAGUGCCAUGGACCUGAUCUUGAUCAAUUCCCUACCUCUCGUGUCUGAUGCGGAAACAUCCCUCACCUGCAUUGCCACUGGAUGGCGCCCCCAUGAGCCCAUCACCAUAGGAAGGGACUUUGAAGCCUUAAUGAACCAGCACCAGGAUCCACUGGAAGUUACUCAAGAUGUGACCAGAGAAUGGGCUAAAAAAGUCGUUUGGAAGAGAGAAAAGGCUAGUGAAAUCAAUGGUGCGUAUUUCUGUGAAGGGCGAGUUCGAGGAGAAGCAAUAAGGAUACGGACCAUGAAGAUGCGCCAGCAAGCUUCCUUCCUACCAGCUACUUUAACCAUGACUGUGGACAGGGGAGAUAACGUGAACAUAUCUUUCAAAAAGGUGUUGAUUAGAGAAGAAGAUGCAGUGAUUUACAAAAAUGGUUCCUUCAUCCACUCAGUGCCCCGGCACGAAGUACCUGAUAUUUUAGAAGUGCAUCUGCCUCAUGCUCAGCCCCAGGAUGCUGGAGUGUACUCAGCCAGGUACAUAGGAGGAAACCUCUUCACCUCGGCCUUCACCAGGCUGAUAGUCCGGAGAUGUGAAGCUCAGAAGUGGGGACCUGAAUGCAACCGCGUCUGCACUGUUUGUAUGAACAACGGUAUCUGCCAUGAGGAUACAGGAGAAUGCAUUUGCCCACCUGGGUUUAUGGGGAGGACAUGUGAGAAGGCUUGCGAACUGCACACAUUCGGCAGAACUUGUAAAGAGAGGUGUAGUGGACCGGAGGGAUGCAAGUCGUAUGUGUUCUGUCUCCCAGACCCCUACGGGUGUUCCUGUGCCACAGGGUGGCAGGGUCUGCAGUGCAACGAAGCGUGCCAGCCUGGUUAUUAUGGGCCAGACUGUAAGCUUACAUGCAGGUGCAGCCACGGGGAGACGUGUGAUCGGUUCCAAGGAUGUCUCUGCUCUCCAGAACGCCAAGGGCUCCAGUGUGAGAAAGAAGGCAUGCCAAGGAUGGUCCCAAAGAUAGAGGAUUUGCCGGAUCACAUAGAAGUAAACAGUGGUAAAUUUAAUCCCAUCUGCAAGGCGUCUGGCUGGCCACUCCCUGCUAAUGAAGAAAUGACUCUCGUGAAGCCGGAUGGAACGGUGCUCCAUCCAAAAGACUUCAACCAUACGGGUCAUCUGUCAGUGGCCACAUUCACCAUCCACCGGGUCCUCCCCCCUGACUCAGGGGUCUGGGUCUGCAGUGUGAACACAGUGGCUGGGAUGGUGGAAAAGCCUUUCAACAUUUCUGUUAAAGUUCUUCCAAAGCCCCUGAAUGCCCCAAACGUGAUUGACACUGGUCAUAAUUUUGCUGUCAUCAACAUCAGCUCUGAGCCUUACUUUGGGGAUGGACCAAUCAAAUCCAAGAAGCUCCUAUACAAACCUGUUAAUCAUUAUGAGGCUUGGCGGCAUAUUCAAGUGACAAAUGAGAUUGUUACACUCAACUAUUUGGAACCUCGCACAGAAUACGAGCUCUGCGUGCAGCUGGUCCGGCGUGGAGAGGGCGGGGAAGGGCAUCCGGGACCCGUGAGACGCUUCACCACUGCUUCUAUCGGUCUCCCUCCUCCAAGAGGCCUUAUUCUCCUACCAAAAAGUCAGACUACUCUAAAUUUGACCUGGCAACCAAUAUUUCCAAGCUCAGAAGAUGACUUUUAUGUUGAAGUGGAGAGGAGGUCUGUGCAAAUGAAUAGUGACCAGCAGAAUAUCAAAGUCCCAGGCAACUUGACUUCAGUGCUACUUAACAAUUUACACCCCAGGGAGCAGUACAUAGUCCGAGCCAGAGUCAACACCAAGGCCCAGGGGGAAUGGAGUGAAGAUCUCAUCGCUUGGACCCUUAGUGACAUUCUCCCUCCUCAACCAGAAAACAUUAAGAUUUCUAACAUCACAGACUCCUCAGCCAUGAUCUCUUGGACAAUCUUGGAUGGCUAUUCUAUUUCUUCUAUUAUCAUCCGUUACAAGGUUCAGGGCAAGAAUGAAGACCAGCACAUCGAUGUGAAGAUCAAGAAUGCCACCAUUACCCAGUAUCACCUCAAGGGCCUAGAGCCUGAAACAGCUUACCAGGUGGACAUUUUUGCAGAGAACAACAUAGGGUCAAGCAACCCAACUUUUUCUCACGAACUGAUGACCCUUUCUAAAUCUCAAGCACCAGCGGACCUUGGAGGCGGGAAAAUGCUGCUUAUAGCCAUCCUUGGCUCGGCAGGAAUGACCUGCCUGACGGUGCUGUUGGCCUUCCUGAUCAUGUUGCAAUUGAAGAGGGCAAAUGUCCAAAGGAGAAUGGCCCAAGCUUUCCAAAACGUGAGGGAAGAGCCAGUUGUGCAGUUCAACUCAGGAACUUUGGCCCUGAACAGGAAGGCCAAAAACAACCCAGAUCCUACAAUUUAUCCAGUGCUUGACUGGAAUGACAUCAAAUUUCAAGAUGUGAUCGGGGAGGGUAACUUUGGCCAGGUUCUUAAGGCGCGCAUCAAGAAGGACGGCUUACGGAUGGACGCUGCCAUCAAGAGAAUGAAAGAAUAUGCCUCCAAAGAUGACCACAGGGACUUCGCUGGGGAACUGGAGGUUCUCUGUAAACUUGGCCACCACCCAAACAUCAUCAAUCUCUUGGGAGCGUGUGAACAUCGUGGCUACCUGUACCUGGCCAUCGAAUACGCUCCCCACGGAAACCUCCUGGACUUCCUGCGCAAGAGCCGAGUGCUGGAGACCGAUCCCGCCUUUGCCAUUGCCAACAGCACCGCCUCCACGCUGUCCUCCCAGCAGCUUCUCCAUUUUGCAGCAGAUGUGGCCCGUGGCAUGGACUACUUGAGCCAGAAACAGUUUAUCCACAGGGAUCUGGCUGCCAGGAACAUUUUAGUUGGUGAAAACUAUGUAGCCAAAAUAGCAGAUUUUGGAUUGUCCCGAGGUCAAGAAGUAUAUGUGAAGAAGACAAUGGGAAGGCUCCCGGUGCGCUGGAUGGCAAUCGAGUCGCUAAAUUACAGUGUGUAUACAACCAACAGUGAUGUAUGGUCCUAUGGAGUGCUCCUAUGGGAGAUCGUUAGCUUAGGUGGCACUCCUUACUGUGGGAUGACAUGUGCAGAGCUGUACGAGAAGCUGCCCCAGGGCUACAGACUGGAGAAGCCUCUAAACUGUGAUGACGAGGUGUAUGAUCUAAUGAGACAGUGCUGGCGGGAGAAGCCUUAUGAGAGGCCGUCAUUUGCCCAGAUAUUGGUGUCCUUAAACAGGAUGUUAGAAGAACGCAAGACUUACGUGAACACCACGCUUUAUGAGAAGUUUGCCUACGCAGGGAUCGACUGCUCGGCUGAGGAGGCAGCCUAGGACCAAGCCCACCCGCCUGUAUGUUCUGUCUCCCCUCCACUGGCAUGACAGACCCUUGAUGCCAAGCAAGCCAGCAAGACUGUGCCAAGAGAGGUGACCCAGAACAUAAACAUGUACAUAUAUUGCUGUGUGUCUGGGACUUUACCACAAAAACCCGUGUGUGUGAAUCUAUAGUACACUUUGACUCUCAUAGGACUGUAUAUACUGUUUCGAGUAAGAAUGUGCUGAAAUCAGAAUGCCUGUUUGUGGUUUCAUAUGCAAUAAUAUAUUUUUCUAAAAAUAUGGACUUUACAGGAAGGUGUGCGAGUACAAUUACUAUAAUGCAUAACUCAUUAUCAUCCUAGGUAUUUUUGAUAUUUACCUUCAUAGUGAAUGCUAUAAAAUCUUUGGCUCUGUAGAAGAAAGAUCUUGUUAGUAAACCUAACACUGGCCCUGAUAGCCCAGGUAAGAAAAGUGGGGGAAAUAGGUUAGUUCUAUCAGGAUAGAGGUUAACAUCUAAAAGAGAUCCUGCUGUCCAUCUCUUAACUUUCUCCCUCGUGUAUAGAAGCCAUCCCACUUUCACUUGGUCAUUUGUCAACUUCGUCAUGUGUUUCCAGACCCCACCAGUCAAUCCAGAAUGCUAACACCUAAAAGUAAGCUUCAAUCUCAUUCCAUACAAGUCUAAGAAUUUUUAGAGAAGUACAAGUUUGAUAAAUUAAUGAGAUUUGGUUUUAGUUUCUCUGGUAACAUGGAUUUGUGUGUUUUAAGAAACUGAAGUAGGAAGCCUGGAGUUCCACUUGGGAGACAUGCGACAUUUGUAUCAACUGAACAUCCCUACAUGUAUUGCACGUUGUAAAGUUUCAGUGUCGAUCAGUUGUGAGUUUACAGUUUAUACCGUAGGCACAUGUUGCACUGAGGUCGUACAGUAAGUGAAUAAAUGUCUUGCCUACCCA